CACACAACUACAGCAUUUCCAACACGAAAUAUCGAGUCAACAGUGAACAUGAGCCAAUUUUGAUCUGCUAUCAGUUCACAAUAUUUAUCUGGAUUCUCGGCUUGAACUUUGAACGUUAGCGUUAGGCAAUAGCAUUUUUGCUGUUGUGCUGUGUCCGUUUCACGCGUCUACGUGUAAAGUGUUGACCCUUUGAGGGGUCCGUGAUCGGUGGCAGUUCGUACUGGUUACAUUUGACGUGAAGACGAAGCAUUGCGCAGAACCAGUCCUUCACAAUGUCCACCGAUGGGAUAGCCUUUCUGAUGGAGAAGUGGAGCAGCCGAUACCUACCCCUGGAACAGAGCCAAAGGCGAAACAUAGCGAACAAAUUCUUCAAGGCGCGCAACGACAUAGAAGUAACGAAUAUGCUUGGCUUCGCUUUCGGCUUGGAGCAGUUGGAAAGUGCCACCCCCUAUACGGACUGGUCCGCAACCCUUCUGUUUGAUCCGGCAAAGUGCAAAGAAAUCCUGCAGCCGAUCGUGGCGUGCAUGCGCAGUACCGAGUUCUGUCUGCUGCCCCUGGCCAUAGUUCCCAACGAUGGGAAGGGCGUUGAGAUGCAGAUGCUGAUCCGGGUGCGCAUUUCGCGGACUACCGAGGAGUACGUCGAUUUCUCGCAUCGUAGGUACGAGAGCUUCGAUGAUUUCCUGAAAUCGAACCGACUGCCGGGCUGCACGCUCCACUACCCCAAGGAUGGCAAAGAGGAGUACGAUGAGCGGGGCAAACUGUGCAUCGAGAGCCGUGUUGUCAAGCACCCGAUUAAGAUUCUGAAGACGAUUGCGUUGGUCGGGAGCGUUGUCGGGGGCAUCGCCGGAACGGCCCUGAUUCCCUUCGCACCGCUGGCCGCUUCGCUGGUGGCUGCCGGUACCAGUGGGCCAAUGGUGGGGUUCGCUAUCAACGAUCUGGUCGACGGUAUCCGCCACGAGAAACCCUCCGUGGUGGCGGUCCGCGCAAUGACACUGACCACCAGUUUGGUCACCUUCGCGAACGUCGGUCUGAUCGCGGCCUUGAAGGUGGGAAGGCUCCGCAGCAUGCUUUCAGCGACGCAGCUCAAGUACCUCCAAUCGGCUGAAGCGAUCAUGCAAAAUGUCAACACUGGAGUGACGACGAUGCACUUUGUGGCCGCCGUCAUAAGUUCGGCCACCGGUUGGCAGAAGCUCGAAGCGGCCGAUUGGUUGUGGUUGUCGGCCAAUCUGUGCUUGGCUUACCGGGUUACCUACCACCCUGCCACGUCACCACUUUUAUUGAACGAUCUGCAAGCGACCGGUGUGGCAACAUUCUUUCUAACAACCUGCCGCAACGUCCAGCCGAGCGUUUCCGACCUGAAACACAAGAUCCUGCCCCGUUUGGAUCAAUGGUUGAACUUGCGGGGAAUCCUUGAGGACUACGCUUCAAAGUGUGUCCAAUUCAGCUUGGAUGAAGACUUCACUACGCUCACGAUCUUCGGUCACUCUUUUCAGUGCCAUACACUGAUUUACAUUGACACCGACUUACUGCGCAAACUGUUCGGGCAGCUGAUGAUGGGUGCUGCUACUGUGGCGUCGAUGGUUGGAACGGUUUGCAAUCCUCAAACAAUACUGAACAACCCCAGCGUGAUAAAGGACGUGGUGUGUGCUGUGACGAACCUGUGCAAGUUGCUGUCCACCAUCAAAUGCACCGCAGUCGAGCUGGGCAAAACCAUCCGAUUUGGCAAAGGCCACCAGUUCACGGAGCAAACACUAAUGAUCUGGUGGAAGCUGCCAGACCACGAUCGCCCGUCACUGCUGAGAGCCCUGGCCGAGCUCGACAAGGUGCAAACUCCGCGGCUGAACGAGUUGCGCUCGAGUGGAAGGGUUGACGAAUCCACCUUCUUCAAUUGGUUAGUGAAAACAGAAACGUACUCAGCGAGUCUUCAAUUAUUGCUGAAAGUAGCCGAGCUGACGGGUGAGGAAAAGAUCAUCUUUGGAGAUGGGAACGAUAUUGUUAUCAACGAAACGUUGUCGAUACGGGUGAAAGAUCGUGAGGUAGUGCAUCAUCGGCACAGCGGCACGUUUCUGCGUGACCAGCGGUUCUUGCGGUUGUGUAAAGAUGUAGAAUCGACUUUGGAGAACACGACUCUCUUAGACCGUGCCAGGAACGCCUGGGUACGUACGUUUCACAAGGACCACCUGCAGCUCGAAACGAUCGAUCUGCUGUGCGGCUUGUUUACUGAAACCCAACCGCUGACCUUGGCCGAAGCCCUGGAUCACGCCCUGGACCAUGAAGGCGCCACCGUUGGCCAGGUCUUCUACAACAUUCUCUUCAUCUGUCAAACUCUCAAUAGGGCCCAGGAACGAACAGUCCAAGAGCGGCCAGCACUUGCCGCCCGUUUCCAGCAACUGCUUUCGGAUAGUAUCAAGAUUGGUAUGCACGGUUACACCCAGCUUACGUUCGAUCCGCAAACUAGCCAAGAAGGGAACUUAGAACACGAAGGUGAUGAAACUGAUGCUACACUGCACGAUAAGCUCAUAGCGAUGGCCAGAGGGCUGAUGCAGCAGCAGCAAACGGCCUAUUCCAUCCUCAAGUUCCCCUUUGGUCCCCCGGAACGGGCCGCCUGUUGGUUGCACUUCGUGCCCGCGCUGCGCAAUAAGGAGGGACGGGCGCAGAUCACGCAAACGUUUAAGGAUUUGCUCAGCAACGGCACUGCGAAGCUGCUCCAGCAAGCGGAUGGCAAAAUACAGCGCACCUCGGACGGUGGCUGCGCGAUCGUAUUUUGGCGCAACUAUGCAAAGAUCAUUGUCGAGCUGCUACCACCCUCCUAUGACCACCAUCACCGUGGUCGGGAUUGGCGCGGUUCCAUCUAUCUGUGCAACAGGAGGGCCACGGCCGUGAAUUGGCCCCCCAAGGAACCAACGGCCAACGGUGCCCCGAAACCCAGGCAGCCGUGGCGUAAAAAUGCCUGAAUUUAGGAGUGCCCAUUUUGUACGCGACACGCAGCCGUCCGCCCGAGAAGAGAAAGAGUUAGCAUAGGUCUAGAAUGUAAUCAACUGUUUCCAAUAAAAUGCACCGUU